CCCAAUCAUUAUAUUAACUAACAAGCGUUAGUGUGUUCUGCCUUCAGUGGCUAGACCGCUAGUACCUCAACUAGUAUUAGGUCAAUCAACAAGUGGUAAUCUGGAUUUUACAUCAUUGGAUUGUUCUAUUUUGCAUUACUGCGCUUUGUUGAUCUUUUUUAGACUUUUAUUUUUACCAGCAGGUUCUUGUUUGACUUGGUUAAUAACCCUGACCCUAAAGAUUGCACAAAGCUAUGGGACAUUCAAGCUAUUUGCAUGUCAGGCACAUUAUGUAACAGAACUGUAUCCUUAUUCUGGGAAUCACUAUUUUACCUAACGGUCACUUACCUCACACAUUGGUUCUCACUUUUCCAUUGACUACUCUGCUCUUUUAUCUCUUAGUAAGCAAGGGGAAAUAAGUCACUCUUCGAGAAUAGUCUUGUAGACAGACCCGUGUUGCCCAACACAGGUCCUUGAGUACACCCAACAUUACACAGUUUUGUUGUGGCCCUUGACAAACACACCUCAUUCAACUCAUUGAGGGCUUGGUGAUUAGUUGCAAGUUGAAUCAGGUGUGCUUGUCCAGGGUUACAAUGAAAAUGUGUACUGUUGGGAGGGACCAGGUUUUGGAACACAGAACGUUCUUAAAGAAGAACAUUAAUUUGUAUUUAUUUGCUGAGUGUCUGUAUAUAAUUGUUCGGGGUGGCUUUAUCCUAUCCUCAACAACACAAGUGAAAUGGUCAACUUGUAGACAGCCUAGCUAGCAGCUACGGUCUCAUUUCAGAUGCAAUGCUUCUUGGGACACUGAUGUACUUGUCAUCUUGGUUCUACAAGUCUUUUUGAUGGAAACAUUUAACACAAUUCUUACUGGAGUCAGGUGAAUCAAACCAAAAUAAAAUUGUAUCGAUCACAUGCAUCAAAUACUACAGAUGAAAUGCUUACAGUGAAAUGCUUACUCACAUGCCCAUUUAUAACAGUGUAGAGUUACAAAUGAAGACAUUUGCUAAAUAAAUAAAGAAAUGAUAACACAAAACAAUGAGGCUAUAUACAAAGACUACCAGUACAGAGUCAAUGUUCAGGUGUACAAGGAAGUUGCGGUAAUACAGUAUGUACCUAUGGCUAGGGGUAAAAGUGAGUAGGCAGUCAGGAUAUAUAAUAAACAGAGUGGCACCAGCAGUGUGUGUGUGUGUGUGUUGGAGUCAGUUUAGUAUGUGUGAGGGUUUGGGUAGAGUCUAGUGGGUGUGCAUAGACCCAUUUCAAAGAGAGUCAGUGCAAAACAAUUAAAAUAAAUAAUAAAGGUGGUCAAUGUAAAUAGUCCCGGUAGCCAUUUUGAUUUAACUGUUCAGCAGCCUAAUGGCUUGUGGGUAGAAGCUGUUCAGGAGCCUUUUGGUCACAGACUUGGCGCUCCAGUACCGCUUGCUGUGAGGUAGCAGAUAGAACAGUCUAUGACUUGGGUGGCCGGAGUCAUUGACAAUUUUUUGUCCCUUCCUCUGACCCUGCCUGUUAUAGAGGUUCUGGAUGGCAGGGAGUUCGGCCCGAGUGAUGUACUGAUGUCUGAAGUGGGACUCUGUGUUUUCUCCAAAAGGUGAUGUAUCUGAGCAUCCAUGAACACACGUUGUUGCCACGGUCCUAGGAACAGCCAGGAAGGGGUGUACCUAGGGCUUGCCCAGACCCAGUCACUGCUGAUCCAGCCACAGGACCCACAACUCACAGCGCCUAGUCCACCUCCACCUGACCCAUGGUGGACAUAAGCAACAUGUCUGGCAGGGACCGCACCAAUGAGUUCCAGUAAGCAACAUGUCUGGCAGGGACCGCACCAAUGAGUUCCAGUAAGCAACAUGUCUGGCAGGGACCGCACCAAUGAGUUCCAGUAAGCAACAUGUCUGGCAGGGACCGCACCAAUGAGUUCCAGUAAGCAACAUGUCUGGCAGGGACCGCACCAAUGAGUUCCAGUUUGUCUGCAGGUGAGACAGUUGCCAAAAGGAAAUCCCUCUUUGAUGACAAAGCUGUGGAGAUUGAGGAGUUAACCUACAUCGUUAAACAGGACAUAACCAGUUUAAAUAAACAGAUAGCACAGCUGCAGGGCCUUGUGCGUUCCAGACAAAGUCAGAAUGGCAAACAUCUACAGACACAUUCCAACACCAUCAUUGUCUCCCUCCAGUCAAAACUGGCAUCAAUGUCAAACGACUUUAAGUCCGUGCUGGAGGUCAGGACUGAGAACCUCAAAGAGCAGAAAACUAGAAGAGAUCAGUUUUCUCAAGCUCCAGCAUCCUCCUCCUCCCAUCUCCAUGCCAGCAACUUCAGUAACUCAUUGUUAAUGCAGGACGACUGUAAAAAGACAGGUGAGGUCUCUGUAGAUAUGGAAUUCUGCGCCAGUCAACAGCUGCAACUCAUCAAUGAACAGGACUCGUACAUCCAGAGGCGUGCAGACACCAUGCAGAACAUAGAGAGCACCAUCGUAGAGCUGGGCUCUAUAUUCGAGCAGCUGGCCCACAUGGUGAAGGAGCAGGAAGAGACUGCAGAGGCAGUCACACAGCACUGAGUGAAAGAUACGAGACACCUCGCCCACCUUCGGUUCCAACUCUGUCACCAGCUUCCUUGUCCUAGACAAUGACAAAGAUUAUGUAUGGAGAAAAAGAGAGAGAAUGGUAAACAUCUUGCAGAGACAGAGAAUACUAAGAUACCAACUAGGAGAAGAGUAACUGGGAAUCUGAGUACUGCAGUCAUCUCUGAGGGAACAGAAGGAAGGACUCUUACAUUUUCUUAUAUUGUCCUUGUAAAAAUGAUAAGAUAAGUUGCGAUGGUCUCGAUAACAUUACAACAACCGUGUUUGACAGUAUUGACAUGAUAUUUCAGUUUUUUAAUUUUUUUAUUAUAAAAUGGUUUUCUCUUCCAAUUCAGUUCUGAUUUUCAUGCUGAUCUCUUGAAAUUAAUCAGGGGCUGUUUCAAAUCCAA